CUUAAAUUCAUACGACAGGAUAUUAUAAUGUACUCAAGAUAAUUUCAUUCUAGUCUUAAAAUGAUUGAAUAUAUGUAAUGAAAGAACCAAAACUCAUCACAGUGAGAGAAGGCAGUGAUGUUACUUUACCCUGUUCCCUCUGGCACCAGGAGGACAUUACGUCAACACAGUUUAUCUGGCAGAAAGUUUCCCGGACAACUGAUAAUGGUCAGAAGGUGUUCCUGUAUGAUAAUGGUGAUCUUUACAGUGAGAAGCGUCCAGGUCAGAGUGAGCAGUUCAAUGGUCGAGUCUCACAUUUUCCAGAUGGACUGGAACAAGGCAACGCCUCCAUAACCAUCAGAAAUAUGACGAACGCUGACAGUGGAUACUACAGAUGUGAUUUUCCAUUAAUUCAGAAACGUCAAGAAUUCCACUUUAAGCUUGUUGUUGCUUAAAUUCCAGAGCCAGAUGAACAUCAUCCAUUAAAUUUCUAAUGAUGCUUUGAUAAUUUCUGUGUUACUGGAAACAUUUCUUUAGUUUUCAGUUAUUUUAUGCUUGUGUUAUAUCACAAUGUAUAAGCUCAUUGAUUUUGUCUUGCAGUUCUAGUUGAUUGUGUAACUGUGUGUAAGACUUGUACAGUAUUCCUGUUCCAGAGGUGUGUAGAGCAGAGAGGACCAGGUCAACAUGAUGAUGCUCUUAUAAGUCUUGUAUUCUUGUAUUCAGACAUAAUUACGUUUGCUGUGAUGAUGUGAAGUGUGAAAUAUUGUGUAAAAAAAAAAGGUAAUUUCAUUUACUUUUUUUGCAUUUUAUAGUGUGUUUUAUUACAGUUGUUUGCUCUUGUUUGUAAGACUUGUACUGCAGUAUUCCUGUUCCAGAGGUGUGUAGAGCAGAGAGGACCAGGUCAACAUGAUGAUGCUCUUAUAAGUCUUGUCUUUUGUAUUCAGACAUUAAUUGCAACGUUUUCUGUGUUGGUUUGAAGUGUGAAAUAUAUUGUGUAAAAAGGUCACUUCAUUUUAAUUUU